GCAAGUGGCACCAGGGCCUCAGCUGCGCGUCCGCGUCGGAUCUCUGCCACCACCCCCUGAACCACGGGUUCGAGUACUUCUACGGAAUGCCCUUCACGCUGGUCAACGACUGCCACCCCGACCGGCCCCCCGAGGUGGACGCGGCCACCCGUGCGAAGCUGGUGCGGUGCACGCAGGUCCUGGCCUGGGGGGUCGCGACGCUGAUGGUGGCCAGGCUGUGCGGCCUGGUGUCCACGUCCCAGAAGGCGCUGGUGGGCCUGGCCGGCCUGGUCCUGCUGUUCUUCCUCACCUGGUUCGCCAGCUUCGGCUUCGUGCGCCGCUGGAACUGCAUCGUCAUGCGCAACCGUGACGUCACGGAGCAGCCCCUGGCGCUGGAGCGAGCGGCUGGCCUCAUGCGCAGGGAGGCGGUGUCCUUUAUCCAGAGGUAA